GUUUGUCCCAUCUCGCUCACCGUACGGAAGCUCAUCGUUGCACUGGUUUACUCUGGUCUCAACUUUACUCUUUCUCCUAAAAAAUGUACAGCUUUCUUUUAAUUUUGUGCUCGCUCCUCGCUGUCUGUAAGUCCAGCGUGUGCCCGUGUGAGAAACCGGAGCUGUGUCAACAGAUUCGUGAGGAGAAAGACUUUGAGGUGUUUAUAUUUGACGUGGGCGGAAAGACAUGGAAAUCCUACAACUGGAGCAUGGUAACGACAGUGGCAGUGUUUGGAAAAUAUGAUGCUGAGCUCAUGUGUUACGCUCACUCCAAAGGUGCACGGGUAGUCCUCAAAGGUGACGUCCCCCUCUCUUACAUUGUGGACCAGGACAACAGAACAGAGUGGAUAACAGACAAGAUCAACUUGGCCAAGAAUCAGUUUAUGGAUGGGAUUAACAUAGACAUUGAACAAGCUGUGGAAGAGGGCUCACCAGAGUACUAUGCUUUGACCUCUCUGGUUAAAGAGACCACUGAGAUCUUUCACAGGGAGAUUCCAGGUUCUCAGGUCUCAUUUGAUGUUGCGUGGUCCCCAAAAUGUAUUGAUAAGCGCUGCUAUGAUUACGUAACUAUUGCCGAAUCCUGCGACUUGCUGUUUGUGAUGUCCUAUGACGAGCAGAGCCAGAUCACAGGGGACUGCAUUGCAAUGGCAAAUGCUCCUCUCCAUCAGACGCUAGAUGCUUACGACCAGUAUUUGGAUCUGAAGAUCGAUCCAAAGAAGAUAGUGAUGGGAGUGCCAUGGUACGGCUAUGACUAUCCAUGCCUCAACUUUUCUCAGGAGGGAGUAUGCUCUAUAGAGAAAGUUCCUUUCCGUGGAGUCCCUUGCAGUGAUGCUGCUGGAAAACAGAAAACUUACAAGUGGAUCAUGAAGCAGGUCAACAGCUCAAUGUCUGGCAGGCUGUGGGAUGACAAGCAGCAGGCUCCCUACUUCAGUUACAAGGACCAGGAUGGACAAAUUCAUCAAGUUUGGUAUGAUGACCCACAGAGUAUUUGCCCAAAGGCAGACGCAGUGAAAUCUAAAGGCCUGAGGGGUAUUGGCAUGUGGAAUGCCAACAUCUUGGACUACAGUGACGAACCGGUCGCCAGGCAGCAGACCGCAAUGAUGUGGAACGCUCUGUUAGGAUGCUAACCGGGAUACAUGUAACAAUGCUGCAGAAAUUUACACCAUCCCAGAGCCCGCUUCAGUUUGUUGCUAAGUAAAUUGGGUGCGGUGUUCCUCUGGACUCAGGGAGGCAUACUUGCACUUCAGAGUUGAUUUGUUUCUUUUAUUGCUGCUGUCUUUGAUUGCAGUUACAUUCCUCUUUGCUAACUGAAAUAACUGUGAUUCUAUAAAAAGACAACCACUCUUUAAAUGCCACCAUAGUGAGCUUACUGAGAUUUAUGCACUUUUUAAAAAAAUAAAUAAACCUUGUUUCUAAUAAAUAUGCCAAUCACUGAAAU